GUGCUCCGUUAGUGACAUAUCGGCAGAAGACCCAAUCAUUUACCGAUUUUGGGCACGACGGAUUAGAGAGUUUCCAGUACGCUUACAAAAUAAUUGCGGGCCAAAGCCAGUGGCGCCUAAUUUAGAACCUUAACUGAGCCGUGAUAUACGAUCUUCCGCGCUUUCUACGAGUGGCAGUGACAUAUCAGGGGUAAUGAGCAGAGAUAUAUCAAGGUGUCGCUUACCCUGAAACAUUCACCAUCCUGCUUUCUACCCUCGCCCUUCUUCCCAAUCCUAGUCUUACUUCGAUUACGAAUCCAAUCUCUUGCUCUCUUGGCUUCCGUUGCAGAGAUCCCAAUGGACGAAAGCCAGAUCUACGAGAAAGUCCAAGAAGCCUACAGCGCUGCCGUCAAAGGUAACGGUAGUGACUAUGGACGUAAGGUCGCUGCGGCAUUUGGAUACAGCGAGCAAGAGCUGGCAAGCAUCCCCGAGGGUGCUAAUCUUGGUCUAAGCUGCGGAAACCCAUUGGCGCUCGCAAAACUAAGAGAAGGAGAGAUCGUUGUCGAUCUCGGCAGCGGAGCUGGGUUUGACGUGUUUCUUGCGGCAAAAAAGGUCGGGGCCCAAGGCAAAGCUAUCGGAGUGGAUAUGAACAAGGACAUGCUCGAGCGAGCAGAACGGAACAAGGAAAGGGCCCAAUCCAACAAUAUUUCAUUCGUGGAGUCUCGAAUCACCAAAGUGGCAUUGCCAGACGCCAUUGCCGACUGCAUCAUAAGCAACUGCGUCGUAAAUCUCGUCCCAGAGGGAGAAAAACAGCUCGUGUUCAACGAAAUGUUCCGGCUGCUCAAGACUGGUGGGCGCGUGGCAAUCAGCGACAUUCUGACGAGAAAGGAGCUUUCACAAGAGCUGAAACGCGACAUGGCUCUAUAUGUGGGAUGUAUCGCGGGUGCAAGCCAAGUGAAACAGUACGAGCAGUAUCUUCGCGCAGCAGGGUUUGACGAAAUUCUCAUUGUCGACGCCCACCAUGACUUGAAUGUGUACAAGGGCAAAGGGGCUGAAACUUCAAGCCAAUGCUGUGGUACAGACGCGAAGAACCCCUGCUGUGAGAAGUCGCCUUCUUGUUGUAAUAACAAGGCCGCCGAGCAAGAUGAUGCUUCCGAAGCCAGCAGAAAUGACUUCGCUGGCUUGGAUUUCAAUGAGUGGGCGGGUUCAUUCAAGAUCUAUGCCGUCAAAGCAUGAGUCGGUCCCUCUCAGUUGGAGACAUAACGGACUGGUCCCUUUCCAAUUUUGUCGAAUUACCCCAGACAAAGCAGAAUAAGUUUCUGAACUUGUAAAGUCCGCAUGUUUCAGGCUCGCAACUGUCAGAAGCUAUUAAUAACACUUUAUGAAGUGCCUUUCUUUAAUCUUACCUUGAGUUUUAAUCGAUUACCUCAAUUUUGUGUUUGACUGUGCUGAUGGUUCGAAAUCCCAUAUAGACUGACAUAUUUGGUAGUUGCACAGCUCUAGUUUCCGGGUCCUUACUUCUCUGUGUACACAUCAACAGGAAACAGGGUAAGUGAAGGAGAUUUAGGUUAUCCACCGAAGCCAGAAAAGAACAUUAGGUGUUGCUACCGGUGUCGGAGACGCCACUUAGUUCACCUGGGAUCUGUCUCAGGCGGUGCGCAAAAGAAUUCCGAGAAAUUGAGGAGAUCAAUCUGUUUGUGGAUGGAACUCAAGGGGGCCCUGUAAGAGCGAAACCCCCGCCCCAAGCAGCAAAACAAGUGUAGGCUUAAGGACAACAGGGAUUUUAGAUGUGCUGGCCCUCCGGGUACGACCGUACUAGGUGGUGGGUGCAAAAUAACAUAGUAUUUACUUGACCG